UGUGUUUGUGUGUUGAGGAGGAGGAGGAGGAGGAAGGAGAAGAGGGGGUCAGACUGUAAUAAGCAUCACGACGAGGCAGUCUCACUGUGUUCCUUUCAUCCGUACUUGGUCCGCUUACGUCGUCCGUUUAGCAGUCGACUGGCUCACCAGCUUUUCGUCGCGAAUGAAACGUUCGCUUUAGCCCCAGCGGAGUCGUGCCAUUUUGAUCGGUGUUGUUGUUUUUGCGAAGGAGAAAAGUUUUGAAAUGAGGAGUCAACAGCAGCUAAGUCGACGGCGACCAACGAAGAAGACGCGCUGAUCACGUACGGGUCGUAGUUGAAGUUAGCUAGCGGUGUUACGACUAAAGUAUGGCUCAGGUGGUGGAAUUUAAAAGGGGGCUGUCACGAUAGGCCAGCUCGCCAGUUUGCUAAACAAAAGAGGCUGCCGCUAAAUCAAAGCUAUUCGGCUCACACCACCUCCAUUAGUACCUAUCCCGAGCGAGGCACGGCUGUUAGUCGUGAGGUUCGCAGGUGUCUUUUGAACAAAAUGGCAGAGUACAGUAGCGUGCUAACAAAGCGACGCUUUGUAGCGGGAUAGGGCCAAGGCAGCCCCAGCCAGGCUGCACCGCAAAAGGGGUUGUUCACGCCGAGUUUAACGCGGGUUAGUGGGGUUGAGGGGCUACUUUUUGCUGUCGAAAAAAGAGAGAGGGGUGAAGACCCAGCAAGCCUGAUGACACUGGACAACAUGAAGCCCGAGAGAGAUGCGACAGAGGAGUUUUUUGAGUAUGACGCAGAGGAGUUCCUGGUCUUCCUGACCCUGCUCAUCACAGAGGGACGGACGCCGGAAUAUUCGGUGAAGGGCAGGACCGAGGGGCUGCACUGUCCGCCCGCCCAGUCGGCCAUGCCGCCUCUUCACAAGCACGAAUGCAGCGAUAAACUGCCACAGUGUCAGCAGGCACGGCGGACCCGUUCGGAGGUGAUCCUGCUCUGGAGGAACAGCAUCCCCAUCAUGAUCGAGGUCAUGCUCCUGCCCGACUGUUGCUAUGGUGAUGAGUGCACACCGAGCGACCCCAUCAGCGACCCGGUCAUCAAACAAGAUGCGCUGCUGCUGGAGAGAUGGACAUUGCAGCCACUUCCAAGGCAAAGUGGUGACCGUUUCAUUGAGGAGAAGACUCUGCUGUUGGCCGUGCGCUCCUACGUUUUCUUCUCGCAGCUCAGUGCCUGGCUCAGUGCCUCACAUGGCAUCGUCCCCAGAAACAUCCUGUACAGAAUCAGUGCUGCCAAUGAGGACUUGGUGUGGCAGUUUUCACAGCCGCCAUCCGAGCACAUUUUCCCCGUCCCCAACGUCUCCCAGAGUGUUGCGCUGCAAGUCCGCGUCCAGUCGCUGCCCCGCCAGCCCACCUAUCCCACCUUGGCGUGCAGCAUCCACACCGGCCUGCCCCCGCUCUACAACAAGACUCCCAGCCUCAACCCGAACCUCAACAGCCAUGGUGGUCUGCCCACCUUCCGAAAAAGCCAGGAACCCAGCAAAGAGAACCUCCACCACAACUCCAACAUAUACAACAAGAGCUCCAGCUCCAUGACGGGCCUCCUGCUCAACGGAAUGCCCAUCCCCAAUCUUCCCAUUAACAAUAUUCCCAUUAACAGCCUUCCGCACACAGCCACAGCGCCCCCCUACAGCAAAAAGACACAGGAGCCUAGUGAAAACCACACGUAUCAGAAUGGAGAGCUUCCGCAGGUCAACAUCCCCCAAAGUCAGGACUCCCCACUGUUCCGCCGAUCCUCUCGCUCACCCACACCUUCACGCUCCCAUUCUCCCUCUGGGCUCUCGGGAAAGUGGCUUUACCCGCCGUCCCUCAAUGGUUCAUCGGACCCCCCACUGUUGGAAGAUUAUGGAUGCAGCACCAACAGCAGCGACAGGUCAAAAGCGCCCCUGCCCGAGCCGCUCCGAGCCUUGAAGAGUUUCUCAUUGGCUGAGCCUGCCCGCUGCCCCUCACCGCGGCCCACAGCGAAUGAAACCAAUCCCCUCAUCGGCUCACUGUUACAGGAGAGACAGGAAGUUAUAGCCCGCAUCGCACAGAGGCUCAACUUCUGCGACCCCACAGCGCCACCGCUUCCCCCAGCCCUUUUUGCCAUGGACAACCCUCCCAAAGCCACGUGGGGCAGUAGCCAUGACGACAUAGCCGCCAGUAAGACCAAAGAGCCAGAGGUACCGCCCUAUGAGUGUGUGGGACAUGCUUGGCCAAACUCCUUCCACACACCAUCCACCAGCACAUCUUUCCACAAGCGGGAGACCUCCUCCCCGAAACCAGCUGCCUGCAGGAAGCUGAGGCUGACUGAGAUGAGAGAUGAGAGUACAGAGAGGGAGAAAGAGAGGGAGAAAGAGAAAAGCGUCGAGAAGGAGCGAGAGGGCUCACUCAUCGCUCAGGCAGUGCACGACAUUACUCGACUCAUCCAGGAAAGACUCUCCGUCCCCUCACUGUCCCCCAGCCACAGCAGGUGUGGCAGCCCUUUGCACCACACACACACAACAACGGUCACGCACACGAUACGCACAUACCCGCACCACCCUGCACAUGUCCCACACACCUCGCAUGAUGGCUACACUAAUGGCCACAACCACGAACCUAACAGGGGCCCACACGCCGCUGCCCCACAUAUGCCUCUUUGCACAAACAAACCCCGGCUCGACCCGGGGACCGAUUGCCAUUCUCCUCGGGCCCAAAAUGGCGCCCACUUUACACUUGAAGAACCUUCACUCAGAGGCCAGCUGCAAGCUAGUCCACGUUUACAAACUCCCAGACAAGAAAAGCUCACAGUCCAUACAACCAGCAGUCAUAUUUUCCCUCCAUCCCUCGAGAACGGGCCUAGAAUUGUCCUGUCCUCCAACCAAUCUUGCAAAGAAUCCACAUUCAGCUGUAAUGCAGUCCAAAACCACAGCAAGCCUCAGUCACCCACACGGGCUGAUGCUUCAACCCAAGAUGAGAACCAAACACGUAGACAGUCUCCAGACCUGACCCCACGUACUACUGUCCUGCAAACUCACGGACCCUCUCCCCUGGGGCCCUGCAACGGCUGGAGGAAGCAGAAUCGCCACUCGUUAGAUGCCACGGCGACCAAGGCCUUCCACCCCUGCACGGGUCUGCCCCUGCUCUCCAGCCCUGUUCCCCAAAGGAAAAACCAAUCUGGCUACUUUGACCUGGACACCUCUCUGGUUGGCUGUAAGGGUUUGCCUUGGGCCUCUGGAAAAAGGGUGUGCCCUAAGGGAGACGAGUACACCGAUGACGCUCAGCAGCUGUUCAGUGCAAGUGCUCCGCCUGCAAGUCUCAGUCUACUUGGAAACUUUGAGGAGUGUGUGUUAAACUACCGCCUGGAGCCUUUAGGAUCGGUGGAUGGCUUUACGGCCGAAGUAGGUGCUAGCGGGUCCUUCUGCCCCAGUCACCUGACCUUACCCGUGGACGUGUCAUUCUACAGCGUCUCCGAUGACAACGCCCCCUCACCUUAUAUGGGUGUGAUCAACCUGGAGUCGCUGGGGAAAAGGGGCUAUCGAGUACCUCCAUCAGGAACCAUUCAAGUGACCUUAUUCAACCCGAACAAGACGGUGGUAAAGAUGUUUGUGGUGAUGUACGACCUACGAACCAUGCCAGCAGGACACCAGACCUUCCUGCGCCAGAGGACGUUCUCCGUCCCCGUCAGGCGGGACUCGAACCAUCAGAUCAACAGGAAGCCUCUCACUUUGGGCCAGGCACGCACUCUGCGCUACCUUGUUCAUCUAAGGUUCCAGAGCUCAAAGUCUGGGAAGAUCUACCUCCACAGGGACAUCCGUCUGCUGUUUUCUAGGAAAUCCAUGGAGGUGGAUAGCGGUGCUGCCUACGAGCUACAGUCAUUUACUGAAUCCCCCAUCGACCCACCGUUCUCGCCUCGCUGCUGACGCUGGAUUUACUCCCUCAUACCCCCCCCG